AUGGCUUCCCAAGAAAUCAUUGGUUACACUGAUGCAACACUGCUGGUUACACACGCUGUCUCAAUAAUUCUGCUGAAACAGGAAACUUCAUAUCUGUCUACCGAUCGCUGGCUGAGAUACCACACUGUAUUUCUUAAAAAACCAAAUGUGACAGUGAAACAGUGCUCUGUGUUAAAUCUUACCACUCUGUUAACAACAGAGAAGAAGAAGCCAACAUCUUCACUCACAGGCAAUACAGUGAUUGAUGUGGAUAAUGGAAAAGACCUGGAUAUAUUUGAAAUAAAUGAAGUGGCAGGACUUGACCUGGUGGAAGGAGACAUUCUGAUAAAUGAGGGAGAAGGCAGAAACACUAUUCUGGAUGAAAAGUAUCGCUGGCCGACCACUGUGCCAUAUGUCCUAGACAGCAGCCUCGAAGUUAAUGCUAAAGGUGUGAUACUGAGAGCAUUUGAGCAAUUCAAGCUCAAGACCUGUAUUGACUUCAAACCCUGGGAUGGAGAGCCAAACUACAUUUUCGUAUUCCAAGGCAGUGGAUGUAACUCAAAGGUGGGGAAUCAACGGAUGAGGAAACAAAACUUGUCAAUUGGUGCAGGCUGUGACAGUUUAGGAAAAGUGGAGCAUGAGUUUCUGCAUGCGCUGGGUUUCUGGCACGAACAAUCCAGAUCUGACAGAGACGACUACGUCACCAUCAUGUGGGACCAGAUUCAAAAAGGUCAUAAGAAAAACUUUAAUUUACAUAAUGAAACGGAGUCAAGCUCUCUUGGUGUGCCCUAUGAUUAUGGUUCAGUCAUGUACUACAGUAAGACAGCCUUCAGCAAAGGCAGUGAACCAACCAUUGUUACCAAAAUACCAGAAUUCUUGAACGUGAUUGGUCAACGCAUGGAGUUUAGUGACAGUGACCUGCUCAAGCUGAACCGGCUAUACAAUUGUACUACAGCAUCAACUUUUCUGGACUCUUGCCAGUUUGAGGAGCCAAAUAUCUGUGGCAUGAUCCAGGGUGAUGGUGGAAAUGGCAAAUGGGCUCGUGUACAAAGAGUAAAGGGUGGUCCACAGACGGACUACACCAACCUGGGUCGAUGUCAAGGGGUUGGGUUCUUCAUGCAUUUCAGUACAGCCACAGGAACCAAGGGUAAAAAUGCUUUCCUGGAAAGUCACCUCUUUCAUCCCAAAAGACGCUCCCAAUGCCUGCAGUUCUAUCACUACAAAAGCGGAAGCGUUGAUGACCAGCUAAACAUCUGGGUGUGUGAAUACACAGUUAAAAACCCCAAAGGAGCCCUGAGACUCAUUCAGAAGAUCAGUGGGGGACGUGGAGGCUUCUGGAAACUAUAUCAUGUUACGCUAAAUGUCUCUGAUAAAUUCAGAGUAGUAUUUGAAGGGGUUAAAGGAAGAAAACCAUCAAAGGCUGGUCUGUCUCUGGACGACAUCAACCUCUCAGAGACCAAGUGUCCUCAAUACAUUUGGCGCAUUCGUGAUUUUACCAGGCUUCUUGCUAAAACCCCUGCUGGUUCCGGAACCUACAGUCCCCGCUUCAUAUCCCCAGAUGGUUACUCAUUUUUUUUGGCAUACACUAUGUUCUUAUUUAUAAUAACCAAGAUAAAAUAA